AUGAGCUUCACUGAAAAUACUGGCAACUAAUGCGACUUGUACGUCUUUGACUUCGAUUAUACCAUUAUCGAAGAAAAUAGCGAUACCUGCUUUUAUAAUCUCUUCGAAAACGGAAAGCUCCCUAAGGAAUUAGCAGAUGUAGAAGAUGAAAAUUAAUGGACUGCUUUCAUGAAUAAGGUACUCACAUAUAUCAAAUAAAAGGUCGGAGUCACUAGCUAGCAACUUAAGGCAGAACUUGAAAAGUGCCAUUUAAUUGGUGGCAUGAAAGAAUUGUUUGAAAAAAUUAAAUCCAAAGGUAGCGACAUCAUUAUAGUAAGCGACGCUAAUUCAAACUUUAUCAAGUGGAUAGUUGAAAAGAAUGAAAUAUCUCACUUAUUCACUGCCAUUUACACCAACCCUUGCGUAAUUGAAAACGAUUAGCUUAUUGUCAAGCGUUUCUAUGAGUCUCAUGAAUGCACCUAUUGCACUGGUACUCCUAAUAUGUGCAAGAGUAAAAUUAUACGUGAGCACCUUGCUAAGUAUCCUGGUAAAUACGAAAAUAUACAUUACUUUGGAGAUGGUUCAAAUGACUUCUGCCCUAUGUUCCAUCUCAAGGAUUCUAACUCUACUGGUUAUGUUAGAUCUGGUUUUGCUUUAGAAAAAAGAAUAAAAAAUUACUUUAACAAUCCUAAUGCCGAACCCUUUAAGUGCAAAAUGGUAUAUUGGAGAUAAGCCUACGAUUUCUUAGAUUAAAUUUGA